AUGUCGCUGCGUCCGCACCGAUUCGUUCAUCCUCGGCUCAAUGGGCUUUUAGCGGCACGAUGUAGCAAUCUUGCUCGAUCAGAUUGGAGACCACGGGCGCUGGAUAUUGCCUACAAAACUCGCAAUUUCUAUUCAAGUGGAGCCCCAGCCAUCAGUACGCCCGGAGAGGACUAUCGGCUACAAACUACAACCAACAGCGCAUUACACCUAAAGCCCGGUCACGAUGCACUCACAAGUUCACAUUCGGUCGAGGAGGCCGGGCAAAAAUCAAUAUCCACAACGCAGCCGGAACAGACACAUAAUGACGAAUUGCCACCGAAAACUACGACCAGGAAUCCUAGAAAGGCGGUGUCGCGCCGUUUAAACAAUCAAAUUGUUCAAGAUACCCUUAUUGCUCAUGGCCUAGAUCCCGCCCUUGCUGAUUCCGUGACCCAACGGUUGAACAAAGCAAUUAAGAAGGAAAUGAAUGGCCGACAUCUUGACUUUAAUAGGCUAAGGUUGGCAACCUUACUUCGGGCAAACUCGCUUUACUCGAAUAUCAGGGGGUCUUGUGAGCAAUGGAAGCUAAUGUAUGAGCAAGUUUCUGAUGCCAAGUAUUACAAGGCGGAGAUCCAAAACAAGGCUGCCGUUCCAGGUCUUGGGCGUGAAGGGAAGCGACUACUGGAAGAAAAAAUCCAAGUGGAUUGCCUAGGGAGCUUUCGAGAAGAAUGGCGGGCUAUGAGCCGAGAAUCCAGAGCCUCUGUUUGGCAGCGCUUGGCUAUAUGGCUGCUGCAGAACGAUACAAGGCUACUCUUGGAGUUUUUGAGCGUCACAGCAGAGGGAGAUUUGAGGCCCGAUUUUACCAUGCUUGUCGAUUGCUUAUGUUACGUGGACACAUUCUAUUAUCAAAAGGACCCAAACUGGCUUGACAAUUGGCAAAAUGGAGCUCGCACUUACCACUCCAUAAUCCAGUCUUGCCUUGAUCCAUAUCAUUGGCCUUUAGUAUCGCUUCCUCAAAGGGGCCCCCGCUUGUACAUUCGGCGAGCGAAUCAUGAUGCCCUUUGUCUGGGCCUUAAAGUUGCCAAAGAAAGGUUCAUUGACCUAUACAGCGGCUCGGCAUUAUACUUCGCGUGGCGUUUUACCAAUCUUGGGGAUGUGGAUCGCGCUUUAGAGUCCCUAGCUCUUCUUCCCUCCAUUACCAAGGAACACGAGCCUGGUUUUGACAUAAAUUCUGAAAUCGUCCAUCGUCAUUGUUGUAAGCUUUUGACUUUGGAUACUGUCGAGGAAGGCUCAGAAGGUCGCAACUUCAAGAUUCUACCGCAGUUGCUGGAGAUGGGUAUUAAGCCAGACCGAGACAUGCUCAACGUCGUGCUUCAUAACGCCUACAAGAAUGAUUCACAUCUGGGCGCUGAUAUUCUCAAGUUUAUGGAGGGUCACGGAUACAGCCUCGACUCUUAUAGUUACUUGACCCUUCUCAGUGAUUCAGUUGCUCGUGGAGACCGUUCUAAGGUUGAUUCUCUCAUACGCGAGGUUAGUUCAAACGAAGAACUUCGCCAGAAUCCAUGGAUAGCCAGCAAAAUAUUCCAUUCAUAUUACCUGUUCACGGUCAAGACUAUGGAUGCUGAAUCCGAUCCUUCAGCCGUCUUUUAUGCGAUGCUUGACAUGUACAAUGAAAUUCACGACCUUACGCCCCUCAAAGAACUCACUAUCGUUCCUCAUCGUUAUGUUCCUCGAAGCGAAGGCGUCAAAUCCCCUCCUUCCACAGUCGCCCUAUUACUUGUUUUGGCGACAUAUUUCCGCUGUCAGAAUCGCUACUCAAACGUUCAACGUAUCUAUAGUCGUUUUCGUGAGCUUGUGGCUCAGGGCCAUCCUACGAUCGCCCCCAUGGCGAAGACUGAUCAUAUGCAUAAUGAAUUCAUCAUUGCAUUCCGUCACAGUCCACGUGGCUUGCGUUCAUGCGUACAUGUUGUUGAAGACAUGCUUGCGCUCCCCAAUCUUCUUGAGACCCAAGAUGGACAGACCGUUAUUCCAGAGAAGCCUACUAUAAGCACAUGGACCCUUCUUAUGGGUGCCUUCGUAUACAAUAGGCAGGUCGACGCAGCAGAAAAAAUCCGAGAAAUGAUGGACAAGCAUAAUGUUCGAUACAAUGAUCGGACUUGGAACACAAUCAUCAAUGGCUAUGCGAACGCUCAGAAUAUCCCGGAGACAGCAGCUGCCAUCAAAGCUAUGGAGGAGCAAGGAUUCACCAUUGACUCUUUUACCAUGAACCAUUUGCGUUAUCUCCGCGAUCCGGAGCGGCUUUGGGUCGCCGUUGAAGAGUUGGAUCAGAAAGCUAUGGAGAUAUCUGAGGCAGAUCUUGCUCCAGACUCCGAGCUUGGUUUCAUCAACAGGCAAGAGCAAUUUGACCAGCUGGUUGACAAUGGCCUUGAAAAGUUGGGCUCCAAGUUUUCACAUAAAGCUUAA